AUGCCUUUAGUUCAGCAGCCCGUGACUGCUUUGGAAGGAUGCGUUUGCUCACGCUCUCCCCAGGAACCGGCAGAUCAACCGGUGGAACGCCCGGAAGUUCUCGACAAUGAUGUGCCUAUGCAGGGUGAUGGAUUUUACAACAAGAAUUCAGAGCUGCAGUAUGCCGCGAUGCAGAGAGCUCUACCGCUGUUCGAUUCAAUCUCGAUAGCAGAGGCGACCCCGAGAGUAUUUUCAGUGGUAGAAUACGGAUGCGCCCAGGGCGUAAACUCAAUCGAGCCAUUUCGACACAUCUUAAGCACAACGCAUUUCCAGAAGCCAGCCACCGACACGGCUGGCGGCGAAGUGAGUCUAGUUUUCACUGAUCGCGUUGGGAACGACUUCACCACCGUGGCAAACACGAUAAGCAACACUCAGUGGCUCCCGACUAGCAGACGCGGUCCGGAAAUCUUCACAUCCAUGGUGGCGCGAAGCUUCUACCAACAGGUCGUUCCUAGUCAAUCCGUCGAUGUAGGAUUCUCUCUGGCCACCCUUCAUCACCUGGAACGACAUCCCACUCUUCCUGCGUCUGAUGGGAAGGAAGGAUCCGAGUCAACCGAGGAACAGGCUCUGCUCAAAGAGCAAGCCGAUCAUGACCUAUGCCAAUUUCUCCGUCUGAGAGCCAAGGAAAUCCGAUCAAGCGGAUCUCUGGUUCUAUCGUUGGUGGGCCAGUCAUCAACAGGAGCCCCUAAUUACCCCGGUCUAGUGGACUCGUGUCGACAAGCCAUGGUAAAUCUUGUGAUGGAGGGCCGUGUUCCAACCGGAGUGGCCAGCGCAUUCAGAGUCCCAACAUACGAUCGAACGUUGGAGGAUGUCGAGAACUCGCUCAAAACUGUCCAAGAUGUGUGGACGGCGGAACACCUAUUCGAAGAAGAGAUUGUGCACCCUGCAUACGAGACCCUUCGUGCCGCUCAGCCUGACUCGGAUUCACCAAAAAAGGCAAGCAUUCAUUAUGCCAACAGCGUGGUGGACUGGAUGAUGGCUGUGAUCUCCGGAUACUUUGUGAAGGCAUUGCAGAUCGCGGGAGUGCAUGAUCCAGCAGCUCAGAGUGCCUCCUUGGAAGCAUGGAGCUCUUUGACUAAAACGCUUUUCCUCAAGGAGCAUCUGGAUGAGAAAGUGGCAUGCUCAUUUAUUUACGUCAAGCUGGUCAGGAUUUAG